CGUUUUUAUCAGCUGUUCAGUUGCUGGCACGGUGUAGUCCAAAACUUUCUACUGCAAGAAAACGUCUUUAUUAUGCCAAAUGAUGCAGGUUGAAUGCAUCAUAAAACUUGGCGGGAGUGCAGUGACAGCGAAAGAUCAUUUAGAAACGGAGAAGUUGGAUGAAAUCCGUAAAUUUGCAGAGUUAUUAAAACUGCAAAUUUUAAGUGAAAGGCGGAUUAUUCUUGUGCACGGAGCCGGGUCAUUUGGCCACUUCCAGGCAAAAGAAUAUGGAGUUGCACAGGGUUACCAUAGCAACAAAGGUGAUGCACAAAAUGGCCGGGCCAAGAUGGGGUUUUGCAAGACACGAGUGUCUGUUACUAAACUGAAUCAUAUCAUUGUGAAUGAGUUUGUGAGUCAAGGAGUCAAUGCUGUUGGAGUUUCACCUUGUGGUGGAUGGGUGACUGAUCAUGGAAGCGUUGUGCAAUCAGAUACAGCCAGUAUCCAGAAUCUGCUAGUUGAAGGCUAUCAGCCUGUCAUGCACGGUGACUGUGUGUUAGACAGACAUCAAGGUUGUACCAUACUCAGUGGCGAUACCAUCAUUGAGAAACUGUGUUCAGUGUUUGAACCCAAACGUGUCAUAUUCCUGACUGACAUCGAUGGGGUGUACGAUAAACCACCAUCACAUCCUGAUGCACAACUGCUUCCUGUUAUCAAGGUAACACACGAUGGAUGCCUAUCUGUACCCGUAGCAACAACUCAACAAGCACAUGAUGUCACAGGGGGCAUUUUGAAGAAGUUGUCGACAGCAACUUCCAUUGUGACGGAAAGCAAAGGAUUUACUACGGUGUUUGUGUGUCGGAUAAAUAGCUCGGCAGCUUCAAACCUUAUCACCCAUGGAGAACUCUUAGGAGAACUAGGAACUGAAAUUAAGAUGCAAUUCAGGGAAGAUGUAUAAGAUGUUUAUGAGGGAUAUGCAUACUUUUAUUGUUGUUUUGUGGUAAACAGGAUUGUUCACAGAAAUGUUUCUCAGGGAAUCACUGGUGUAUACUUCAUGGGGAUACACAUCUUUCCGGUCUUUGGGAGAAAAGCUGUGGAAUAGGUUGCCAUACUUCAUUAGAAUUGCCUCAACAACUUCUUACUUUGAAUCGGCUCCGAGACCUAUUUAUUCUCAGAGGCAACUUCACCAUAAAUUGUGAACUUAUAUCUGACUUGAUAAUGCGCUGUAUAUUUGCUGGUUAGGGUUGGACAUUUUAUGGCAAGCGCCAUGAGUGCCCAUCUGUGGCAGAUACGGUGCUGCACAAGUCUUUUUCAUUUAUUCAUUCAUUGUUUCUUGAAAAAGAAACAAAGGUCUAGAUUUCUUGCCUGAAAACAAAACCACAGCUGCUGAAAUAUUUGGAGAUCAGUCACACUGAUCCAAAGCAUGUCAGUACCUGCAAUGCAGUAGCUUUUGAAAAUGGCUUUAGCUUUGCAAUACAUGUAAUUAGUUAAAACAAUUUUCUGUAAGUGAAGUUGUGAACAAAAUAAUAAUGGCUCAUCUUGAAAGAGAGAAAAAAUAAACUCCUUAAAAUCAUGUUGGUAGUUUGUAUUCAAUUUAAUAAGUAGUGCAUCUAACAAAUAUACACAAACAUUGUAUAUGGUUAAAUGAUUUUUAAAGAGCAUUUCAAGUCAUUUUUGUAUUUCAAAUCAUUUUUGUAUUUCAAGUUUGGCUGAACAAUUUGUUUUUAUAAACUGUGUUUUACUUUUCUUCAGAAAGCUGCAAUAAAACCUAAAAACAAAUAAAUGUACACAUGUACAAGUUUGGUCUAACCAAUCAUAGAUAAGAAAACGGAAUUUUACAUCUUCAUUGCAGUCACACUGGAAUGAUAUAUAUUUGUCUUUUCACAAUUAUUAUUAAGCUCAACUUAAAUGUCACGAAAGUUCCACUGCUGCUGCUUUUGGAUCUAUUUCCUCCACGUACAACUGCAUCUGAAAAAUAAAUAAAUAUGCAGACACAAUUUACUGUAACAGAAUUUACUUUCUCACAGAAUGCGCACUUCACAAAAUGGAUAUCAGCUUCGAACGGAAACUGUGUAAUAAAAA